UGUACAAGUCCCCAGAAUAUGAGUCCCUUGGCUUUGAGCUUACUGUGGAGAGACUAGUUUCUAUUGGCUAUCCCCAGGAGCUGCUCAGCUUUGCUUAUGAUUCUACAUUCCCUACCAGAGGACUUGUCUUUGACACACUAUAUGGAAAUCUUUUGAAAGUUGAUGCCUAUGGAAACCUGUUGGUCUGUGCACAUGGAUUUAACUUCAUAAGAGGACCAGAAACUAGAGAGCAGUAUCCAAAUAAAUUUAUUCAACGAGAUGACACUGAACGAUUUUACAUUCUGAACACACUAUUCAAUCUACCAGAGACCUACCUGUUGGCCUGCCUAGUAGAUUUUUUUACUAAUUGUCCCAGAUAUACCAGCUGUGAGACAGGAUUUAAAGAUGGGGACCUCUUCAUGUCCUACCGGAGUAUGUUCCAGGAUGUAAGAGAUGCUGUUGACUGGGUUCAUUACAAGGGCUCCCUUAAGGAAAAGACAGUUGAAAAUCUUGAGAAGUAUGUUGUCAAAGAUGGAAAACUGCCUUUGCUUCUGAGCCGGAUGAAUGAAGUAGGGAAAGUAUUUCUUGCCACCAACAGUGAUUAUAAAUACACAGAUAAAAUUAUGACUUACCUGUUUGAUUUUCCACAUGGCCCCAAGCCUGGGAGCUCCCAUCGACCAUGGCAGUCCUACUUUGACCUGAUCUUGGUAGAUGCACGAAAGCCACUCUUUUUUGGAGAAGGCACAGUAUUACGUCAAGUGGAUACUAAAACUGGCAAGCUGAAAAUUGGUACCUACACAGGUCCCCUCCAGCAUGGUAUUGUCUACUCAGGAGGUUCAUCUGAUACCAUCUGUGAUCUGUUGGGAGCCAAGGGCAAAGACAUUUUGUAUAUUGGAGAUCACAUUUUUGGAGACAUUUUAAAAUCAAAGAAACGGCAAGGAUGGCGAACUUUCUUAGUGAUUCCUGAGCUUGCACAGGAGCUGCAUGUCUGGACUGACAAGAGUUCACUUUUUGAAGAACUUCAGAGCUUGGAUAUUUUCUUGGCUGAACUCUACAAGCACCUUGACAGCAGUAGCAAUGAGCGCCCAGACAUUAGCUCCAUUCAGAGACGAAUUAAGAAAGUAACUCAUGAUAUGGACAUGUGCUAUGGGAUGAUGGGAAGCCUCUUUCGCAGUGGCUCCCGGCAGACACUCUUUGCCAGCCAAGUGAUGCGUUAUGCUGAUCUCUAUGCAGCAUCUUUCAUCAACCUGCUAUAUUACCCAUUCAGCUACCUCUUCAGGGCUGCCCAUGUCCUGAUGCCUCAUGAAUCAACGGUGGAGCACACACAUGUAGAUAUCAAUGAGAUGGAGUCCCCUCUUGCCACCCGAAACCGCACAUCAGUGGAUUUCAAAGACACUGACUAUAAGCGGCACCAGUUGACAAGGUCAAUUAGUGAGAUUAAACCCCCCAACCUCUUCCCGCUGGCUCCCCAGGAAAUUACACACUGCCAUGAUGAGGAUGAUGAUGAAGAGGAGGAGGAGGAAGAAUAAGGAGGAAAACCAAAACCUUGGAUGCCCCUUAAACAAGUUCUGGCAGGACUCACAGGAGCAAAGAAUGUCCUUGUUUGGGUUCUACUGGAGAGGGGUUGGGGGGCUCCAUCAAAGGUAUGUCCAGAAAGUUUCUGAAGACUUAAAAAUAUUCUAAUCAUAGGGUGAUACUUGUUUUAGUUUUGUGUAUCUGUAUUCUUUGCAGAUGGUUUGAAAUUGUAAUGGAGUCUGUAUUGAAAGAAAGGGUAAAGUCAGGCUGAACUGCAUGCAGAUGGCUCCAUUGUGGCUUGUGACAGUUUUUCUUGUCUUUUUUUCAUCACAAUAUGUCAUAGUGUAUCUGGAUACACUAAGGGUGGUGAAGGGUUUCAGAGUGGAACAAGGAGAACAGUAGGAAGAGGUGAUACAAAAAUGUUGCUACAAAUUGUGCUGUUACUCCAAAAUCCAACUUUACACAGUAUUGUAUGUCAGUUGGAGAAAUAUAUUGUUUUCAUCAUCAAGUGUAGUUUUCUGUCGAGGUCAAGUUUCCUUUCAUAAGCCUUUGAGUAUCUUCACUGACCCUGGCAAGGCUGCCGCUCUGACAUUGCCUUUGCAGAAAUGUUCUGCUUUGGGGUUGGUCUGGAAGGGACUGCAGGGAAUGUAUUUUGAGGUGAAAGUCCUUAUCCUUUCUACAUUUUUUAAGUUAAUAGCACAAAUGCACCCUUUUUCUAAUCUGCGAUACAUCUAUAAAGGAAUUUAGCUGAAAGAGGACAAAGGAGCAAGCCCCCAGAAGGGGAAAAAAAAAAAAAAACAGCCUUCUCC